AUGGUUCGAGAGAAAAUAACAGUAUCUACUCGGACACUACAGUGGAAGUGUGUUGAAUCAGCAGCAGACAGUAAGCGUCUUUUGUAUGGGCGCUUUAUUCUGUCUCCGCUUAUGAAAGGUCAAGCAGACACAAUAGGCAUUGCGAUGCGAAGAGCUUUGCUUGGAGAAAUCGAAGGAACAUGUAUCACACGCGCAAAAUCUGAGAAAAUCUCACACGAAUAUGCUACCAUAAUGGGUAUUCAAGAAUCAGUACAUGAAAUUUUAAUGAAUUUGAAAGAAAUCGUAUUGAGAAGUAAUCUCUAUGGAACUUGUGAGGCGUCUAUUUGUGUCAGGGGCCCCGGAUAUGUAACUGCUCAAGAUAUCAUCUUACCGCCUUAUGUAGAAAUCGUCGAUAAUACACAGCAUAUAGCUAGCUUGACGGAACCCAUUGAGUUGAUAAGAAAAAAUAGAAAUGACUGUGUCUCUGUACCGACUGAACCAAUGACUAUUCAUGAUUCCACAAUUGAAUCAAUUCCAUACUGGUUCCAAAUUAGAGGAAUGUUAUGCGUUCUUAAGGCCAAAGAGUCGGCGGAAAAGGGGGGAAAGCUCUCCGUUCCUGGUUCUCCUGUAGCUGGAUCCUCCGGAACCACAAGAAUCCUUAGUUAG